AUGAAGAAUCAUAAAAGCUUGAUGAGGAGGUAUGAGAGAGAGGUCCGAGCCAACACUAAACACAUUGAAACAGUUGCAUCUCUAAAUCUUCGUAUACAAGAGCUGGAGAAACUGCUCUCAUCAGCCAAUGAGCGUGUUCGUCUGCUUGAAGGCCAGACCCAGCGAUACACCCCACAUGGAUGGAGCACUCCAAGGGACCAUGUCCAGAAUAGAUCCCGGACCAUGCCUGGACAGAGGAGAAUGAGGAGCCGCAGCAGACAAUCUUACUCCCCCGAUAAUUAUUCUCAAGAGCUUGAAACUGUCAGAAGAGAAAGAGAUCGACUGAAGAAAGACAAACACAAGCUGAAAAAAGAACUAGGUGCUCUAGAUGAGAAUUUCUUUGAAGAGAUUGAGGACCUCAAAUUUGCUCUCCAGCAGUCGGCUCGACUGAACCAGGAAUAUGAUAAGGCAUUGAAACAAGUGUGUGAAAACUUUGGAGCUCCUUUCCCUCUGGAUAGUCUUCCAUCAAGACCAAAGAAAUCUUCAUCAGCGUCGAAGAGACCACCUUUGAGUCGUCAAACAAGAUGAUAGUAGAGAUAUGAAGAUUACAGGCCAGGAUUCUGGAGUCUUGUUUGACUUAGGCUGUGAUAAGUCUUGGCUAAAAUUAUGGGAAGCCCAAACUUUUCAAACUUUGUUCAGAUCUUACAUUUCAAAACUAUUUUGGUUAUUAUUCACAGACAGUUAUUAAUGCAUCGAGUGUCAAAUGAGCUGAAUCUGUAGUACUAGAGAUUUGUGUCACAGUUGGCUACCCGUAGUUACACCACAACUUUGGACAAGAGUUUAAUUUAAACAAGAGUUCAAUAUUGGUUUGAGCCUGGGUAUGGUACUCAAAUCUACAGCUAGACAUUUGUCUACAUUUGCCAUCCUCCACCGUAUAUGUGGCCUAUUAAAUAUUUAUUUGUAAAUUUGCACCUGACCUGACCAAAGGGAAGGGGACCCACUGGCAACCAUCUACAGUUGGUGGAGGCAUAAGAUAGAUAUAAAGACAUUCGUGAAGAGGUAGACUAUACUGAUGUCAAAUGCAAAUAUGUAUUUAGUGUUGUAAACAUCAAAUUCAUCUUUUUCAGUGAUAUGUACAUACAUAAUUAGGCAAUUGUAAAUAGUGACAUUCUGAGAUUCAAUUUAUCUAUGCACUGCAGUAUGCAGAUACAAGAGUUCUUAACAUUUCAGAGAAGCACCUUGGAAUUUGGUUAAGGUGCCUAAAAGUUUCAAGAACCACCUUUGAAUUUGUUGAGGUGCCUAAGUUUGUAGUAAAAGAUAGCUUGAGAAUUACCAAACAAAAAAACAAAGUAAAGAUAAUACUGUACAGUGAAACCAGUCUAUAAAGACCACAUAAAAGACAACAAAAGUAGUCUUUAUGUGCAGGUUGACUUUAUGGAUAGGUUCCUUUAGUACAUGUUUAACCCUAACUAGGCCGGGCUUUUUUUGCUGUUCUGUGGCCGGGGGGGGGGUUGAUUCAACCCCCCGGAGAUCUCGGCCGCCGAUCGCGCGAGCGCCGCAAAAAUUUGCACGCUGGUAGUGUGCGAUGUAAUCUACAAGGCUGUAUGGUAAAAUUUUCCAAAAUAAUGAGAUUUUAUUUUAUAUGAAUUAAUUAUGCUAAUUUAUGCAUAAAUCAUACUUUUUGCUCUAAUUCACUAAAUAAAGCUCCUAGAAUGCUAAUUUUUGGUAAAAAUAUUCUUUGUAGCAUUCUUAACAAUGGCAAUUGAAAAAAACUUCGGUUUGCAAAUCAAUUUCUUAUGUAUUUUAUUGUUUCAUGAAUUUCUUAUGUAUUUCUUUGUUUUUCAACCUUUUGUUUUUCUUUGUUUUUUUCACCAGAUUUAUUGCACAACCUUUUUGAAGCAUAAUUAUGCUAAAAUCAAUUGCUUUCAGCUGUUUAAAGUAAAAAUAAUCAUAUCUUUAUGAAUAAGAUGAGAAAACUAAAUUUGCAUUGACUUUGUACACAAAAUCACGUUUUGGAACAAUUUUUUGUCUGACAUGCACUUACAAAAUGUUGCGUAAUUUCGGAAUCGCGUACCCGGGCAUCGUAAAUUUGGUCUUAAAAGAUGCGCGAGACUUAAAAGUAUAAACUCUGCGAGUGACGCGGUCAAAAAAAUUCGCGCGGCGGAAUGAUCGCAGGAAAUGUUGAGGGGGUGUUGAUUCAACCCCCCGGCCAUUUUAGGGUUAAAUUGGGAAAAUUAUCAAAGGGAAAUGAAACAUGUGGUCUUUAUGGACAGGUGGUCAUCAAUUCACUUAGAGUACAGAAGUGUGACGUCAUCAAUUUUAUAUUUUUGUUUUUUACCAUAUUUUUGAUAUAUUUCAGUUGACCAUGAUGAAAUUCCUCCACAACCGAAAUUUGUUUGUUCAAUUGAAUCAAAAUCAUUCAAUCAGUGGGGCUAAUUAUGUAUUCAUGAGGUUAUAACCUCAUGAAUACAUAAUUAGCCACACUGAAAUCAAUGUAUUAUUGGCCUGGUUCUAAAUGAUUUGAACCAGGCCAUUAGGCCCCCAUUCCACAGAGGGGAGACCUUUGAAGGACCUUUGAAAGACAAAAAAUUGGAUAGGUCUUACAGCAGUCUCCAAGAUCACUGAAAUUUAAGAACUCUUAAAGACUGAUCAAUAUUUCUUGUCUUACAGGACUUAGACUUGUCCUAUAGAUAUUUUUCAAUGGUCUUUCAGAGAUCUUGUAUGCAACAAUUGAUCUUUCAGAAUUCUUUUCAUGGACUUUUCCAUGUCUUUCAAUGACCUUUCACAGAUAUUUCAAUGAUCUCUCAUGAGUCUUAAAGUGAUCUCCAUAAAAAUCUUGAGAGACUGUCAAAAGAUCAUGGAAAGACUAAUAAGAACUUUGAAAGUUCAUCGAAAGACCGCUGAAAAACUGCUGAAAGACUGUUUUGAACUGUUUCAAAAAGUUUUGGGACUCACGAGGACCAUUGAAAGAUCCAUCAGGAAUCGUGAAAGACCUCGGAGAUUGUUGAAAGACCUUUGAAAGACCAAGCAAGUUUCAUGGUCUUUCAGAGGUCUUGCUCUCCGUGGAAUGGGGGUUUGACUAUGUAUUCAUGAGGUCAUAUCUUCGACAGAUUCCCACUAAAUUUGGUUUGAGGGUUUUUUUCAGCAUGCCCCGCAGAUGUAUGGUAUAAAAGAUGCUGAAAUUCCCCCCCAAAAAAUGUGACAUCACUUCGGUACUCUAUAGCAAGUUUGACUAUAUUGAGAACUCUAAAUGUCUCUUAAAGUCAGAUUUACCUUUAUAACUUGUAACGAUUGUCAUUAUGUACACAACAUUUAAGAAAUCUUUUAACACUAUUAUACACAAACAAAAAGGUUAAAUUUCCAUUCCAUUUUUUUAAUUGCACUUUUUCCAUAAGCAUUCACUUUCAGAAUAUAAAUGUACAUAGUUGUCAUAGCAAUUAGUCUGAAUAAAUUUUCUUUGAACAUUUACAA